CAGCAGCAGAAACACCACCACCACCAUCACCUCCAACACAGGACGAUCAAGCGUUGUUGCAGCGGCCAGGUGUUUGGUUGAAGAAGCUACCAUACAGUGUGGUUGCAGACGCGUGUGGUAAUCGGAUGUAUCUGCUUGGCUACACCUACCGGAAAGCGGCCAGCUUUCGGACCACAACCGAUUGGGUGUGUGUCUGCAAUGAGCUACAGCACGCCACCAACGGACGCUGUUUGGCACGGCUGGUACAGCGCAUGGAAGACGGUGCUUUGAAACUGAACCGACACCUGCACAACCAUGCACCAGAGGAGAAGAAAGUGAACGCAUAGGAGGUCCGAAAACAAUAUACACAAACGAACUGAUUCUGUUGAUUGAUCGCAAUAAAUGAGAAGAGAGAGAGAGAGAAGGUUUAGCGAUGGGGAACCACGUACGUCAUGUUGUUGUGUCCCCGCUGUUAUGCUCGAUUGGGACUAGGAAAGUGGACGAUCAUUGCAACGAACAGCGACGGUGGCGGUAGCGAUGAUGACGAAUCGGAGGACAAUGUGGCCGUGUUUUCCAGGACGAUGCGCGGUAAAGAGCAGCUAGUCUACAAGGGCCAACCGUUCGUGUUCGAAAAGCUCGUCCUCACGACGGGCGGUCAGUCGAAGAAGAUAUGGCGCUGCAAUCAAUGGUGGAACCAGAAGUGUCGGGCGCGGGUGUACACCAUCGACGAUCACAUCACACCCCUAAACCGGUACCACACACACAGCGACAUUGUGAAACGGAAACAGCGCGUAGUCAAACGGGACAAAACGUGCGAUACCGGUGGUCCAGUCGACAAAUGAUGCUAAAGAAAGGGAGAGAUAGACAGAGCGCAUGCUGUGUUUAAGCGCAUAGAGCCCUGCAGCCUUGUUGGGUUCCUUCCUUCAACCUUUAACGCGUGGCUUUAGGCAGCAUCUCUCAUUUGUAUUUUGUAGUUUCCUAUGUGUGCAUGUUGUGAUAAGAGACCGUGGAAUGGAAACGAGGAUACUUGUGACUAAAUUUUAAGGAUAUUAGUUUUAUUUUAAUAAACUCAACAGUGAGAAUCUGCUAAAAUACUUAGUCAUAA